AUGCGUCGUACCACUCGCAGCUCGAGAAUAUCCGUUGAUGAUCUUACGGAACUUAAGCUUGUGAUGCAGUAUAUUUUUGCUUGUGAUGCAAUGUGGACAUCGACAAAGAUCUGUGUGGUGAACCUUGAGGAUAUAUAUGAGAGACCAGGGAGAAAUACUAGUACUCUUGUACUCUCGUAUUCUUCGUCCAAGGUUGCAAUUACUCGUUUCAAGAAUAAGACUAUAUAUGGAGAUAUUGAGGAUAUAUUCACGGUGUGA